AGCUCUCGAGGUAACGACAAAAACUCUCCACUCCGACGCAUUUGAUGCAGCGUUGAAGAACAACUUUUACCACGGCACCCGACACCCGUUGAAAUGUUGACUUCCGCGACAACAGCAACGCGCCUUGGUGUUUUAGGCACUCGUGCCCUCAAAUUGCAGGUCGCAUUCGCAAGAGGGGCAACCUGCCAAUACUCCUCACUAGCAUCUCGACAAUGCACCACCAUCCGUAGUACCAAGUCGAUUCCUUCCAUCGCAACUCGAACAGUCACCAGAAAAUCUGCGCGCAGCAUACAGUUCCAAGCUGUUGCCCGCCGUCAUGCGUCCACUACAACCUCUGCGGCAGAAACCGCCUCGGAAUCUUCUACUCCAAAACUCGAUUGGAAUACCUUUUUCGCCCUGCGCAAAACGCGGCGUCGCGUCCAGAUUGCCAGUAGUGUCCUAACGAUGAUAAUAGGUGGAACGGCAGGUGCUAUCCUGCUUGUAAAUAUGGACAUGGACUGGCUGUUGACCAAGGUCCCAAUAGACCCGGUUUUUGCGCUGGGUAUAGUGGUUCUGAGCUUCGCGGGGCUAGGCUGGCUGGCUGGGCCGAGCGUAGGCAAUGCGCUGUUCUACACGUUCAAGAAGGGCGUCAAGAAGCCCAUGGCAAUUAAAGAGUCUGAGUUCUUUGCGCGCAUCAAGAAGAACCGAGUAGAUCCUAGCAACAGCUCGUUGAGUGGUAACGCCGUUCCGGAUUUCUACGGAGAGAAGAUCUCGAGCGUGGCAGGUUACAGACAAUGGUUAAAAGACCAAAGGGCAUUCAACAAGAAGCGAACAAGCUUCGUCUGAGGAGAAAGGUAGUCUCAGGGGAUCGGCCCCAUGCAAGGGAGAAAAUGCAUAGUCCACAUAGCCUGACAGGAUUACGAGUUUCUUAUCAUAUUAGUGAGAGAAUGUAUCUCAAAGUUCAGGUAAAAAGCAAAAGCU